AAUUUCUUUCUCUUCUUUUUCAGUUAUGGCUUCUGAAGACGAAGAACGCUUAGUUCGUGAUCUCUUUCGCGAUUAUAACAAGUUGAUCCGACCCGUCGAAGUUAUGAAUAAGACAGUUGAAGUCCAAUUCGGCCUUUCUUUUAUUCAGCUCAUCAACGUGAAUGAAAAGAAUCAAAUCAUGACUUCUAAUGUUUGGCUCCAAUUGGUGUGGGAUGAUUACCAGCUUCGAUGGGACGAGGCAGACUAUGGCGGAAUCAACGUACUUAGGUUACCUCCAGAUAAGGUAUGGAAGCCAGAUAUCGUCCUUUUCAACAAUGCGGAUGGUAAUUACGAAGUCCGCUACAAAUCCAACGUCCUGAUUUAUCCUGAAGGCCAAGUCAUGUGGGUUCCACCAGCCAUCUACCAGAGCUCUUGCACCAUUGACGUCACGUAUUUCCCUUUUGAUCAACAGAAGUGUGUUAUGAAAUUUGGAUCCUGGACUUUCAAUGGCGAUCAAGUGUCCUUAAAGCUCUAUAAUGACAACUACUGGGUGGACUUGUCCGAUUACUGGAAGUCCGGGACAUGGGAUAUCGUCGAAGUUCCGGCCUUUCUUAAUAUCCACAAUCAGUCCAAAAGUGGCCAGCCGACAGAAACGGACAUCUCUUUCUACAUCACUAUCAGGCGGAAGACUUUAUUCUAUACGGUCAACUUGAUCCUGCCUACGGUGCUCAUUUCCUUCCUCUGCAUCCUAGUGUUCUACCUUCCAGCCGAAGCCGGCGAGAAAGUGACCCUCGGUAUCUCGAUCUUACUCUCGUUGGUUGUCUUCCUUCUGCUGGUUUCAAAAAUACUGCCACCGACCUCGCUUGUGCUGCCGCUCAUUGCUAAGUACCUGCUAUUCACCUUCCUUAUGAACACAGUAUCCAUUCUGGUCACUGUGAUCAUCCUCAACUGGAAUUUCCGGGGGCCUAGGACUCAUCGGAUGCCCAACUGGAUCCGAGUGGUCUUCCUUAAGUACCUGCCCAUCAUGCUAUUCAUGAAGAGGCCCAAGAAAACGAGGCUAAGGUGGAUGAUGGAAAUGCCCGGACUAGGUACCCAUCAUCACUUUCACGGAGGCUCUCCAGACCUGAAAAAGACUGCCACCUGCCACACGGUCAAAGGUGCCAGAGGCAAGAUGGAUUUUGUGGAAAUGGCCGAUAUCCAUCAUCCAAACUGCACCGUUGCCCGCAAUCCUCAACAGGUCGGGGAGCCACAGCUUAGAGACAUUGAAGGGGCAGAAACCCUCUAUCUCACGCCAGAAGCAUAUAGAGCUACGGAAGCUAUCGAGUUUAUUGCCGAACAUCUCAGAAGUGAGGAUGAAUACAUACAGGUACAGAAAUUUAUGAACUUAAUCUCUCUAUAUAUACUUGAUAUGCAACAGUUAAAAUUUUGUUUUAAGUACCUUACUUUAGAUUGUGAAAUUUAA